UUGCAUAGACAUACACUGGCGACAGACGAUGAGCCGUACUCUUUUUUGCUCUAGUUUUUGUUACUUGAAGGUUGCGUACCAAAUAAGGCUGCAUUGAAAUUAUGCUGGUGUGGAAAGUUAACUUAAAGAGUAUCUGUGAUAUUUCAAGCUUGAGAUAUACAGGCCAUUUACUCGCCAUCAGAAAACAUGUGGAAAUGACAUAAGCGAUGUGAAAAUGCAUCCAGGACCCUUCAGAAAUUCGAUGCGCAACAAAGCGAGUGCACUUUUUGUAACCAGCGAUCUAGCACCGGCAACGCGGCAACGCAAGAGAACGAACGGAAUACCCAUCCCCGCUCGAUCAUCCUUAUCAUCGCCACGAGGACCCACAUAACGCUCUCCGCUCGACCGAGCAAGCAAUCCAGGCCAAAAUCGACGCUGCGCCGGCCCCGGCAGCCACUCUCUGCCGUCGGCCGUCAGCUGGACUCCACGACGUCAUCAUGCGAGCCGGCGACGAGCCUGACAGGACAGUGCACGGGGUCACAGAGUCGGGCGUGCACUGGGGCGCCGUGCGGGGCCACUCCCUGAAGCUCUACUGCAACAUGGAGUACGACGGCGGCGGCUGGACGCUGCUUGUGGCUGGCGUCGGCGAAGGCUGGGACGCGGCGAACGCCCUCUGGCGGCCGGCCGCGGACGAGCCGGGUCUGGACACGCCCUACUCCAUCUACAACCUGUCGGACGCCAUCAGGGAUGAACGGCGCCAGACCGGCAACGCGCUGCUCCGGGACCCGUUCGAGGUGGACGUUUACGAUCGGGUGGCGCUCAGUGGCGGCAGCUGGCGUGUGCCGCGCACCGUCUCCCUGCUGCGGAGCGCGCCCGGCCUCCUCCGACUGAGCGCCCUCAACGGCCGCACCUACGGCAGCUGGUCGCUGCUGUCGGUGUUGCCGACAGCGCCUUGGCUGGCGGCGGAGGCUACGGCUGGGGAUGUGCUGAUCACGGUCCAGCCGGUCCUGAGGAAGGGAGGCCACCAGUCCGGUACCGUCCUGGGGUCCCGGCCGCACCAGCAGGUCUGGGGCGGGGGCUACAACACCGGCAACGUGGUGCUCUUCAUCAGGGAGUAG